AUGUUCGUUAAUAACUAUUGCUUGUCAAUGAAUUGUAUUGUUGCUCCACUUAAUGGUUGUGGAGGUAUAUACUUAGGGAAUGUGGACGCAGCCUAAGACUCUCAAUUACUUAAUUAAUACAAAAUUGGAGCUGUAUUGUAAAUAUUAGAUUAAUCAGUCCCUGUCAAAGGAGCCUAGAAAUUAUGGAUUAUGGCUGAGGAUUCAGAAGACUUUCCUCUAUAUAAAUACUUUGAUUAGAGCAUAAGAUUUAUAGAGAAUUAAAGCAAAAAAACCAAUGUGUUGAUCCAUUGUUAUGCUGGUAUAUCUAGAUCUGCUGCAAUUGUGGCUGCAUACAUGAUGCAGAAAUACAAUUGGAGUGUAAAUUAGACCAUACUUCACAUCCAAAGCAAAAGAAGGAUUGUGAGUCCAAAUUCAGGAUUUAUGAAAUAAUUAAAAGAUUUUGAAAGGAAAUUGUCAAAUCAAGAUCAAUAAUUAUCAUUAAAUUCAUUUAAAUUGGAUAUGUCUAAUUACAGGCCAAGUUCAGCUAUGUCAAAUUACAAUAGUAUAAGCACUACAGCCAUGGGGAAUUACAAUAAAGUAAACACUUAAAACACAAAGUCAUCUUCAAGAUUAGAUGAUUUUAGCAACAAAUUGGAUCAAUUUAGACAUUAAUUGAGGGUGAGACAAAAGGCUUAUUGA